AUGACGGCGGCUGUUGUUCGCCGUAGCGCUCUGGCAAAGACAAAAUGGCAUCUGAAUUCUUAUAGAUCCGAUGCGAAACCUUUCCGAUUGGCCGUCAAGGAUAACAUUGCCACGGAAGAGUUCCCGACGCAAUGCGCCUCAGGCGUCCUAGGUCAGCAUGCCUCUCCCUUUGAAGCCACCAUUGUUCGCCAACUUCGGGCACGUGGAGCUUCUGUCGUUGGGAAAACAAACAUGGACGAAUUCGGAAUGGGAUCACACUCUGUACAUUCUAUCCAUGGGCCGGUCCGAAAUCCCCUUGCACCAGCUGGCGAGGAGGUGACGGCGGGAGGAAGCUCUGGAGGCAGUGCGGUUGCAGUUGCUAUCAAUGAUGCGGAUAUUGCGCUCGGCACAGAUACGGGUGGCUCAGUUAGACUGCCGGCGGCAUACACUGGUAUUGUUGGCUACAAGCCAAGCUACGGCAUGCUCUCGAGAUUUGGCGUUGUUCCAUACGCAAAUUCAUUAGACACCGUGGGCUUGCUUGCACGAGAUGUCGAGUCUAUCCGACAGCUGGUAUUCGACACUGCGCUAUAUGAAGAACAUGAUUCCAGCGAUCCCACAUCAUUGAGUGUCGAGACUCGUCAGCGCUGUUCAAAAGCUGUGCCGCCAACCCUGCCGAAGCUAUCUCAGCUCACCAUUGGCAUACCUGUCGAAUACAACAUCGACGAGCUGGACCCUGCUAUACGUGAAGCUUGGUCUGCUACUGCUUCAGCAUUAGAAGCACAGGGCGCUCGUAUAGUUCCUGUUUCCCUUCCUUCAACAAAGGAAGCCCUUUGCGCAUACUACAUUCUCGCCCCGGCCGAGGCUUCGUCCAACCUAGCAAAAUAUGAUGGAGUACGAUACGGCAUCCGUGGCCCUGAAGCAGAUGCCGCUGGUGAAACUCUCUACUCUGAAGCUCGCGGUGCUGGCUUCGGCGCGGAAGUCAAACGCCGAAUUCUUCUGGGAACCUAUAGUCUCAGCUCUGAAGCCAUGGAUAACUACUUUAUCCAAGCUCAAAAGAUACGUCGGCUCAUCCAACAGGACUUUGACAGAGUGUUCAGAUUGGAUAAUCCGCUUUACGAACCUAGACAGUUUGACCUGAGCGAAAUGUCUGCCGAUACCGCCCUGGAGGAUAAGCAAGGCCCUGUUCAAGUAGAUUUCCUGCUGUCACCAACUGCGCCAACUUAUCCACCAAAGUUGAGCGACAUUAUGAAACGGAGCAGCAUUGACGCGUAUAUGAAUGACGUACUUACUGUUCCGGCCAGCCUUGCCGGUCUACCUGCCGUCAGUGUUCCGGUAAAGAUCGAGCAGAGUCACCAAUUCCCCGCUGGACUUCAGUUGAUUGCUCAGUAUUGGGAUGAUAGGAGACUACUGGCGUUGGCAGACAAGGUGAUGAAGUUGAUGGCGGUGUGA